AUGCGAACCUACGAGGACACCUUCUCCGGCGCGAGAAUCUACCCUGGCAAGGGUAAGCUCUACGUCCGUGGCGACAGCAAGAUCUUCCGAUUCCAGAACGGCAAGUCGGAGUCUCUCUUCCUGCAAAGGAAGAACCCCCGUCGUAUCGCAUGGACCGUCCUCUACCGCCGCCAGCACCGCAAGGGUAUCUCUGAGGAGGUUGCCAAGAAGCGAACCCGCCGCGCUGUCAAGUCCCAGCGAGGCAUUGUUGGUGCUUCUCUCGACGUGAUCAAGGAGAAGCGCAACAUCCGACCCGAGGCCCGCUCUGCUGCCCGUGCCCAGGCCAUCAAGGAGAGCAAGGAGAAGAAGCAGGCCGACGCUGCUGCCAAGAAGUCCGAGAAGGCCAAGCUCGCUGCCCAGGCCUCCAAGGGCCAGGCUGUCCGACAAGUCAGCAAGCAGGGUGCCAAGGGCGCUGCUCCCAAGGUCAAGGCCACGACCCGUUAA